AUGGAUAGUUAUCGCUGUUGGUAUUUGAUAUUUGUGUUGAUUAAUUUGAUUGAAUCACAUAGUUUCUUGCUUUCAAAUGAAUCAACGCUUGAAAAACAAACGUCGACGAAAUCAGCCGAUCAUCGCGUCGAACAUCAGUCGACUAUUACAACGUCUCUGGCAACGUUUACGACAACAAUUCGUUCGAGCAGCACCAUUCAACCACUUAUAACAAAACCUAACUCUUAUCUUUAUAAUUCCGAUGAAGAAGAAACUCUUCUCGAUCGAACCAAACGAGACACGGCGCCUUUUGUUUGUAAAACCGAUGGUUAUUUUCCCGAUCGACAGAAUUGUCGAGUGUAUCAUAUUUGCACAUCAGGUGUCGAUACGGCUGCCGUUUGUGCUGAGGGAACAGCAUGGGAUCCAGUGAAGAAGAACUGUGGCUGGGAAAAUACAGUUGAGUGUAAGAAAGGUUUGAGAAAAUGGGACAAAAUUACCGACAUACGCGGAGUGACGUUGUUUGCUACCGAUGCGGCAUUGGCAUGGCGUGCGAAAAAAUCUACAACGACACGCACGCCGAUCAAAGUUGAUUCGAAUUUUACAUGCGAAUACGAUGCAGAAGGAUUUUUUCCUGAUCCGAAAUAUUGUCACAUCUAUCAUUUCUGUGGCAUUGGUGCACAUCAAGUUUUGCAAUGUGCGGAUAAUCUUUGGUUUUCGACGAACACACAAGGAUGUGAAUGGCCAGAGAAAUCAGAUUGUAAAGCAGGAAAUUUACGAACAUCGUCGACACAAGUGACUAACAUGAUCGAUGGUGAUGGAAAUAUUGUGACGACGCCAAGAAAUUUUCGGCUAAAUGUUUAUUUACCUAUCGAAUGUCCGCCUGCUGUACAAAAGUUUUUUCCUGAUCCGUAUGAUUGUUCAGCAUACCAUUAUUGUAACGGUGGUGUCGAUAGGCCGUCGUUUUGUGAUGCUGGCCUCUACUAUGACAAAAAACAUGGUUGCCAGUGGCCGAAAGACGUUCCUCAUUGUCAACACAAAUGUCCACCGAACGGUCAGCGACUACGUUUUGUCGCUACCCAUAGUUGCUGUCAUUACUAUGAGUGUUUUAAUGGUCAUAUGAAAGAACAAGUAUGUCCAUUACACAAACUUUAUUCGGUCGAAACAAAAAGUUGUGAAAACUUCCAAGUCGUUAAUUGUGGCUCCCGACAAAAAUGCAUUGAUCCUUGUGAUUAUGACAGUUCUCCACUGUGCGAAUUCAAACCUGUAUGUCGAGAGAAACCGAAUGGCAACUAUGUUGAUCAAUAUCGACCUAACUGUCAAUUUCAUUACACAUGUUUAGAGAGUCGCACAUUUAAUUAUACAGCAUGCGAACAUGGUCAUCGAUUCUCUGUCCAACAUCAACGAUGUUUACCUUCCAAACAAGUCAAAUGUUUAGCAAGACGAAAUGAUCAACUCCCGAUGUUUUUUCUUCAUCUUCUUUUUUUUAUGCUUUACUUCCUAAAACCAUCCUGA